AUGGCUCACCCGUCUACUUUCCCGGCUGAGCAAUGGCUCUCGCGAUGGCGCGGCACGUCAGGUCUACUCAACCUCGCCGAUACGUAUGCGUGCCCCAUUUCCAUCGAUGACCUGACCAGUCUAUCGUCGGAAAACGGCGAGGGGCCGCUGACGACCACCUCGAAGCUCAACUACGGAAGCACCAAUGGGUCGUCUGAACUGAGGCGGAGCGUGGCCAAGCUCUGCAGUGGACAAGAUGCGCAACUCACAGAGGACGACGUGGUCAUCACACAAGGCGCCAUCUCGGCAAACUUUCUGGUGCUUUACGCGCUCCUCGGUCCAACAGACCAUGCAAUCUGCGUCUACCCGGUCUACACGCAGCUCUACUCUGUACCGGAGACGUUUGGCGCCCAGGUCUCGUUUUGGCGGCUCAAGGAGGAGAAUGGCUACAUUCCCGAUGUCCGGGACUUGCAUAACCUCUUCCAACGCAAUACAAAGAUGAUCAUCCUCAAUAACCCAAAUAAUCCGACCGGGGCUGUGAUCCCCGAGCCGGUGCUGCGAGACAUCAUCGCCAUUGCGAAAGCACGGGGCAUCAUAGUCUUCAGCGACGAGGUGUACCGGCCGCUAUUCCACGAGCCGGACAGUGCACCCCCGCCUAUAACGGCAUUUGGCUACGAGCGGACGCUGGCCACCGGGUCCAUGUCCAAGUCACUGUCACUGCCGGGCAUCCGCAUCGGGUGGGUGGCGUCGCCGAACCGGGCGCUCAUUGCGGCGUGCUCGCGGCGGCGCGAUUUUACGACCAUAAGCGUGUCGCAAGUCGACGACCAGAUUGCAACCUACGCGCUGUCGCCCGCAGUGCAGCCGGCGCUGCUGCGACGCAACAUUGACCUGGCGCGGCGCAACCGCCGGCUGGUCGAGGCGUUUGUGGCGCGCCACGCCGACCGCUGCCGGUGGGUGCGGCCCGGGGGCGGCACCAUGGCCUUUAUGCAGUUCCGCGGCGCGACAAGCGGCCGGCCGGUCGACGACGAGGCCUUUUGCGCCGACCUCAUUGACAGGUGCAAAGUGCUGCUGGUCCCGGGGUCGCACAGCUUCGGCUGCGGCGAGGACUUUGCGGGCUACGUGCGGCUGGCGUACGUGUGCGACACGGCGGUGGUGCAGGAGGCGCUUGCGCGGCUGAGCAAGUAUCUGGAGGAGCAUCCGUGGGAUGGCGGGGGCGAUGAAGAGUAG